AGCAGAGAGGAGCCUAACUUUGGGACGGUUGGGCAGAUCUGUACGACGCUGCAAUGCUGCCGCAGGGAGGACGCUCUGCUGCUCACGCUGCACUUUUAUUCUUCGUUUAUGUCCUGGAGGCAACUUUUGUGCUCGGCUUUAACCUGGACACCGAUCAUGUCCUCAGGAAAGACGGAGAGCCUGGGAGCCUGUUCGGCUUUUCUCUGGCCGUGCACCGGCAGCUCAACCCGGACAAAGUCAUGGUACUGAUUGGUGCACCCAGAGCCCGGUCAUUGCAAAACCAAAAAGCCAAUAUCACUGGAGGCCUGUAUAAAUGUGAAGUCACCCAGUCUAGUAAUUGUGAGCGUAUCAAAUUUGAUGAUAAUGCGGAUCUAAGACUUGAGAAUAAAGAGAAUCAGUGGAUGGGGGUGUCAGUGAAGAGUCAGGGACCUGGGGGAAAGAUUGUGACAUGUGCUCAUCGCUAUCAAAGGCGUUUGAAUGUGAAUACUCCAGAGGAGACUCAUCACAUCCCCGGACGUUGUUAUAUUCUGAGUCAGGACCUAACCAUUGACCUUCAGUCUUCUGAGGAUGGAGGUGAAUGGAAAUUCUGCGAUGGCAGACCUGAAGGCCAUGCAAUGUUUGGAACAUGCCAGCAAGGACUGGCGGCUACUUUCACCAAUGACUACCAUUACAUGGUUUUUGGAGCAGUGGGAGCUUACAACUGGAGAGGGAUAGUGCGACUGGAGCAGAAUAAUAGUACUUUUCUGGACAUGGGAAUAUUUGAUGAUGGCCCAUAUGAAGUUGGGAAUGAAAAAGUCAGGAACCCUGAUUUUGUGCCUGUACCUGCAAACAGCUACCUCGGAUUCUCUCUUGAUUCGGGACACCACAUCACCACUAGGGGUAAGCUAACAGUGGUGGCUGGAGCGCCCAUAAUAGGAGCCCCUCAGUUCUACAUGAAGGGUGAAGACAUUGGGGGAGCUGUUUAUGUUUACAUCAACAAUGCAGGAGUUUGGGAAGGAAACACUCCUGUCCGUCUAAUAGGGACCAAAGACUCAAUGUUUGGAGUGGCAGUAGAGAACAUCGGUGACAUCAAUCAAGACUCAUAUAAAGACAUUGCGAUUGGAGCUCCGCAGGAAGAUUCUGGGACAGGAAAAGUCUACAUUUAUCACGGCUCUGCACAGGGAAUCAAAACGACCCCUGCACAGAUCCUUUCAGGGAAAGACCACAACAUUCGAUUUUUCGGCUAUUCUCUGGCAGGAAACAUGGACCUGGAUGGUAACUCUUAUCCAGACUUGGCUAUAGGCUCUCUGUCAGAUUCAGCUAUGAUUUACAGAACAAGGCCAGUCAUUAGCCUCAACAGUGUUGUCAAAGUGUCUCCAAAUGAAAUAAGUCUUACAAAUAAGACGUGUGGGGACCGUGUUUGUUUCACUGUGAUGGCUUGCUUUUCCUACAAAGCUAAUCCUGCAUCUUAUAAUCCAAAGCUUACUGUUAGCUACACUGUGGAGGUGGACAGAGCUCACAGGAGAGGACUGACUUCCAGAGCGAUGUUCUUAAACGACUCCAGCUCUGAACUAGAAUACCAGUUCAAUGGCACCUUAAAACUCAAAGAGCAAAAUCAGCAAAAGUGUAUCAAACUAAUAGCCAGACUUAAGGAUAACAUCAAGGACAAGAUGCGUAGCAUUCCCGUUGAGGUGUCGGCAGAUAUAAGUACAAAACAAGAGGAAUCAAUUAAUGGCCUCCCUCGCAUGAUUCCCAUUUUAGACGCCACUCAACCAAGCAAAAUCAUUUCUGAGGUGAACUUUCUAAAAGAAGGCUGUGGAAGCGAUCAUAUUUGCAAAAGUAACCUAAAGAUGAAUUACAGUUUACACUACAAAGAAGCCAACAAAGAGGAGUACCCCGCGUUAAAUAAGAGCAAGAACGGCAUCCCAGAGUUUAUUGUGAAAUCCCAGAGGAAGGACUUGGCUGUGUUGGUGACAGUAAGCAACAUGAAUGGUGAUGAUGCUUAUGAGGCAAAGCUGGUGGGGACCUUCCCAAAUACCAUGUCAUAUUCUGGAGUCCGAACCGAUCAAACAACAAUGGAAAACCUGAUCACCUGUGAUGCAAAUGUAAACAGCUCUCAAGCAGAAUGUGAGCUGGGAAAUCCUUUUAAGAGAAACUCAAAGGUUACCUUUAAAGUCAUCCUGAGUGCUGCACAUCUGACUUUAGACACCACUGAGAUUGAGAUCAAUCUGCAGCUGAAUACGACCAGCUACCAAGAAGCAAUCCAUGUAAAAGUAAAGUGUAAAGUGAUCAUUGAAUGGCUUUUGUCUGUCUCUGGGGAAGCUAAUCCUACCCAGGUGUUUUUUGGAGGUGUUGUGAGAGGAGAAAGUGCAAUGAAGUCAGAAGAAGAAAUUGGAAGUUCGAUUAACUUUACUUUCACAAUAAACAACUCGUGGAAGCACUUGAAACCUUCUUUUGAAACCUCACUAAACAUUUUUUGGCCCAAAAUUCAAAAAAAUGGGAAAUGGCUUCUGUACCUGAUGAGCAUCACUUCUGAAGGACCAGAGAAAAUCCUUUGCUCCCCUAAAACUGAGAUCAACCCUCUGAAUAUUGCUCAGCGGUCCUCUGUGUCUCGAACAAAACGAGAAAUUAUGAAAGAAGAAAGAAAAACUGGUGGAAAAACGUCUUCACUGAAGGACAAGAAGAGAGUUUUUUCCUGUGAAGAUGGGAUGGAAAAAUGUGUGGUGUUCAAGUGCCCCCUGCAGGGGCUCGAUGGUACAGUAGUCGUAUUGAGAUCCCGUCUGUGGAACUCAACCUUUAUUGAGGAGUAUGCCCCUAGUUCAACUUUGUCAGUAAAAGCCACACUUGAAUUUGAUACUCAGAGGGAAAACGUCAUACUGACCAAUCAAAACACGAAUGUGAACGUGAACGUGUCUCCUGACGAUGAAGCAGCUAAGCAUCAGGGAGGAGUUCCCUGGUGGAUCAUCCUGGUGGCAGUUCUCAUAGGACUCUUGAUUUUGAUUCUACUGGUUUAUCUGCUGUGGAAGUGUGGAUUCUUCAAACGCUCCAAAGAAAACGACAGCGUCCCUCGUUACCACGCAGUGCGGAUAAGAAAGGGAACUCUUGAGCACAAAGAUGGAAAAGUGAAACCCGAUCCUUUUGAAAAAAAGCAGUGGAUGACGACUUGGAUCGACAAUGAAAGUUACUCAUGACCUUUUUCUGCUCAGAUCUUUGAACAAAGACAAAACUGAACUUAAUUAAUAAUUUCAUUAACAUGUUGCUCAGAUAUAGCUUUUUUUUAUUGCUAAAUGCAGAUAAUGCUUUUUACACUGUAUAGUACUACUAUUUUUUCUAAUCGUUGUAUAUAUUUGAAUAUGUCUGCGCAUUUUAUAUUUAUACUUUUUUUUUUUGAAAAAAAGAAAUCAAAUCAAGCAACCAAAGUUUUAUCCACUCAUGUCUGAAGCCGAAUAACAACGGGCAAAGUUUACUGCUGUUUUUAAAGUUGUACUGUCUCACUGGAGGCCUGAGGUCUGUUCACAGAAGGUACAGCCAGUCACUGUAAUAUGAAUGUAAAUGAGAUUUUCUGUUUUUUCUGUGAAUGGUAAGUGUGUAAAUUUUCUGUUUUUUCUUCUUUGAAAUGACAUUUAGGUACAUUGUCUUGUCACAAACAAUAGAUAUUUGAAAAUAACUGUGUGUGAAUCUAAUGUGAGAGCAGCUCCAUUUUUCCUCUCUGCUCACAUUAGCUCACCUUGGUUCUCACAUAUGAAUCGCAUCUACUGUACUACGAGCCUCUUUUUGGUCUCUGUGGGCAAUUCAAAGCGAAGACGGUGAAAAUCAAGUGAAACGCUUUAAUUCAAAAUGCCUUUAAAAAAAAAAAACGUU